AUGACUACAUCAGAAAAACCUUCCAGUUCCUCCAGCAGCGGCUCUUCUUUCCCUCCUCGGGCGCAGCGGCAGCGAGGGUGUGAAAACCACCGAGAGAAUCCCCAGACCUUCGCCAGGCGGGAAAAUAAACUUCAGUGCAGCAGCGGCGGCACGAGCAGCCCGGGAGGGAUUGCAACGACUGGCGAGGAGUGGGAAGGGCCGACAGCCGCCGCCGCCGCCGCGCGGGAGCUCGUGGCCGCGCGCGUGGACGUGGACGGGGGCGCGGGGGCCGGGGAGCGGGGUGGGCGUGCGGCGCGGAGCCCGGCCCGACAGGGGGAGGUGCCUGCAGCCUGCGCCGCCGCCGCCCGGGUCAUGGAUGCGCGGCCGCCCCAGAGCGGCGCGGGCCUAGCGCCCCGGGACUCGGGCAGCGCCGGGGAGGCGCGCGGCGCUGCGGCGCCUGGAGACUCGGCCUCGCGGGGCCGGGGGGCCGCUGGAGUCCGGUCUCCCUGA